CGUAGAGCAGAGCUCACACUCUCUCUCUCUCUCUCACACACACACACACUCAUACAGCUGUUCAGCGCAGAGGGAACUCUACACUGAGGACCAGAUCUACGACUCAGACUUUGACAGCUGCUCACGAGCUAAAGGUCAAGUCUUGUUCCUUUUGUGCUUUCAGACUGAAGACAGAGUGAGACAUCUGUACCAGCCUAUAGGACGGAGCUGAAGGAGUGGGGAUAAAACAGACCAGACCUUUGCCCCCCCUCCUCCUCCUGCAAACUUUCACCUCCCAACCCUCUUCUGUGAGUCCGCACUCCCUCCAGUCAAACCCUCAGCACAGUGACUGAAGUUCUCCAGUGUCCAGAGGAUCUCAGAGACUGAGAGACUGUCUGGUCUCCAUCCCAAGAGGGUCACCAGUGGCAACAGCGGUACCGAUGGAAGCCCCAACCCUCGCUGAGAUGGGAGACUUGUGUCACCCCCGGUCUUCCUCUCCAGAGGGGGAAACGGUGUGUGCAGCUCUGGCCCGGUACGAGCACACUCUGCGGGACGCUAUCAGGGAGAUCCACAUGGAUGUCAGCGCCUUUAAGCUGGGCAUGGAGCGUCGUCUGGAGGAGACAGCCAACCUGAGCGGGCCCCUGGGACGAGCCGUGGCUCAGCUCCAGCAGGAGAACCGGCAGCUCAGGAGUCAGCUGGAGGCUCUCACCCAACAGGUGGAGCUCCUAGGUGGGAUGACGUGUGACAGAAGCAGCUUGAUGAACAACAACAACCACAGUCACAGUCCCAAUCACAAGAAUCAUCUCAAUGACAUUCAGGAGAACCAUCAGGAGGUGAAGGAGGUGGUCUACGGAAAGGGUCAGGCUCACACUCAGAGCCAGGCUCUCCUCCACAUCCAGCCCUGCGCCCCGGGGAGCCAAGCCCAGACCUACAGCAGCCUCAGCAGUCAGUCAAGCCCGGCAUCCCCCCCUGCCACCUUCUCAUCCUCCCCCAGCUCCAGCAGUCCUCCUGCUGGCUCUAGGGUUUCCUCCAUGGUGACAGGCCCGGUGUCCAGCAGCAGCCCCUCCACCGCCCGCUUCUCCAGCCGAGCCACAUUUGCUGUGUCCAGCAAGACGAACAGCAUUGAGCGAGAGGAGCCAAUAGAGGUGGACCCCGCCCCAAUACAUGCUGGGCAGGAGAACGGGCAUGCUGCUGCAACAGAACACUCAAUGUUGGUGCACGGUAAGAUCUCUCCACCCAACGACUUCCCACACGAGCACACAGCCCCUGUCGCCAUGCGGAUGCCCCACCUCCCCAUCACCGCUACGACCAAGACAGCGGACAUUAAGAGCUCUCCGGACUCCCCCAGCAGUCCCAUUGGUUCUCGGACCUCUAUUGUCUCUGAGGCCUCACCUCCUCAAUCACUCACUACCAUCAACCAGCCCCAACCGAUAGAGGAGUCUCCGAUUCAAUCAGUAUCUUCUGUGAAGACAUGGACCCCUACACCUAUCAGAGCUCUGGGAUCCCCCCGCCUUCAGGAAAAGGCUAAUUCAGCCCCGAGCAAGUCUGUGACCUACUCAGGGCUGCAGCACCAUGACAGAGAUGGUGAUACAAACAAUGGCAAGUCCUUUGGGCAGAUAGGAGAGAGGAGGCGGGAACUGGUGAGGUCACAGACUCUGCCUCGUAACAUUGGAGCUCAGGCUCGUCGCUCUAUCUUUGAGAGACUGGACUCUGAAGCAAGUAACAGCUGUCCCAAACCAGUGGACUCUAAACCCAAACUGAAGCGGUCUCAGAGUUUUGGGGUGUCCAGCGCCAGCAGCAUCAAACAGAUCCUUCUUGAGUGGUGCCGCUCCAAGACCAUAGGCUACCAGAACAUCGACAUCCAGAACUUCUCGUCCAGUUGGAGUGACGGGAUGGCGUUUUGUGCUCUCGUCCACUCUUUCUUCCCAACGGAGUUCGACUACACCGCUCUGUCGCCCGGCAACCGUAAACACAACUUCGAGCUAGCCUUUGGAACCGCAGAAGUGAAGGCGGGCUGUGAUCGGCUGAUCGAGGUGGACGACAUGAUGAUCAUGGGUCGUAAACCAGACCCCAUGUGUGUUUUCACCUACGUCCAGUCCCUCUACAACCACCUGCGCAAGUUUGAGUGAAGCUCAAACAUCUGGGAUUGAAGAUUUUCUCCUUUCAGACUCAGACUUUUUCAGCCCCCUCUUUGCUGUGUUCAGCAGGUUCUUCAUUGUCUGCACCCAACUCUGAGCUGAAAGGAGAUUCAGAGCUGGCUUGGUAGCACUUUGAAAAGACUUUGCUGCCCCCUGGUGGUGGAUUAGUGAACAUUCCUGCAGAUGCCGCAGGUGACGUGCUCACAGCUCGGACAUUGUUGGGGAGAACACUGUGUAUGUGUGUGCACCCAUGUUGUUUAACACUAAUGACACACAAAUGUCAGGGCUGGUUUGUCAACAGUAGUUUUUUUUUUUAUUUUAUUUGUGUGUGUUUGUAGUUGCGAUGUAUUGGACAAAGAGUUGAAAUGUUGCUGUGUUGUGUAAGUCUUUUAUUAUCACCACAAGAUUAGAGUCAAUAUUAGACUUUAACAUUGCACCAGGAUGGAUGUAUGAUUCACAAAUGUCACUGAAGAACUAUAAUUGUUUGAUUGACACUCGGUUUUGAAUUGUCUCAUCAUUAGGAAAAACACACAAAAAAUGCAGGAAAAAAAUGAUGAUGAGCUGAUUGCUGAGUGAUAUUUACACCCACAUGCUUUAAUAUUGUGUUACUGAAAUGAGGAUGAGGUAUGGGAAUGAGAUCAAUAAACUGUGCUGUUUGACA